AUGGUUGUCACUCGUCGAAACACCUACUUUGUCGACCCGGAUGUCGCACCUGAGGACAAAUUCAACAUCGUCUACUGGCUCGUCAUCCUUGUCGGUUUCGGUGUCCUUCUCCCGUGGAACAUGUUUAUCACCAUUGCUCCAGAGUACUACGUCAACUACUGGUUCAAACAGGACGGAGAGGAGACAUGGUACUCGAAGGAGUUCAUGGGAUCGUUGACCAUCGCCUCGCAACUUCCAAACGCCGCCAUCAACGUGUUUAACUUGUUUCUUAUCAUCGCUGGUCCCCUGAUCUACCGUGUCUUCGCUCCAGUCUGCUUCAACAUCUUCAACCUCGCCAUCAUUCUGUGUUUUGUUGUGACUGUUGAACCAACCCAUGACGCUAUGAGAUGGUUCUUCUGGCUCACCAUUUUCAUGGCCACAUCCAUCAACUUCUCCAAUGGCUUGUACGAGAACUCCGUUUACGGUGUAUUCGCCGACUUUCCACAUACCUACAUCGGCGCAUUGCUAAUUGGAAACAACAUCUGUGGGCUUCUCAUCACCUUUGUUAAGAUUGCAGUGACCUACUGUUUGUUCAACAUGCCCAGACUAGUGGCCAUUGUCUACUUCAGUAUCUCGCUAAGUAUUCUUAUCAUUUGUGCUGUGGCCCUGUUCUUCAUCACGAAGCAAGACUUCUACCACUAUUACCAUCAGAAGGGAAUGAAAGUGCGUGAGGAGGCUGACACUCACAGACCAUCACCAUCCAUUCUUUGGACUACGUUCAAAAAUUGCUACGGACAACUGUUCAACGUCUGGUUCUGCUUCGCAGUGACCCUUACAAUCUUCCCGGUCAUGAUGACAGUCACCACUCGUGGCAAGAAUGGCUUCCUUGACAAGAUUAUCUCCGAGAACGAUGAAAUCUACACGUUGCUCACCAGUUUCCUUGUCUUCAACUUGUUCGCCACUAUUGGAUCAAUUGUGGCUUCCAAAAUCCACUGGCCAACUCCAAGAUAUCUCUCUCUUGCAAUUAUCGCUCGUGCCCUCUUCAUUCCGGUGUUCUUCUUCUGCAACUAUCGUGUUGAGACUCGCGCCUAUCCAGUCUUCUUCGACAAUACGGACAUUUUUGUUGGUUCUGGAAUCCUGAUGUCUCUUUCGCAUGGUUACUUGAGUGCAUUGGCAAUGGGAUAUACUCCAAACGUCGUUCCAUCCCAUUAUUCUCGAUUUGCCGCCCAACUCUCUGUCUGCACCCUCAUGAUCGGUCUUCUCACCGGAGGAUUGUGGGCCGUCCUCAUUGAGAACUUGAUCGGCAAACCUAACAUCUUCUAA